GAAACAAAGGAUCAUAGCUCAAGAUGGUUGUACUCUGUAUCGCCACAAGAUGGCAUAAGUGGGCUGCGCAGUUUAAAUCUUGCAAGGUGAAAGAAGCACAACUGAAUGGAGCCACAUAAAGAAGUUUAUAUGAAUAGAAGUGAUCAACGGCAGUGAAUCUCCACAAGGUCCAAGAAAUUGUCAUUCUUGACAAUAUGUUCAGCUAAUGACAGACAGGGUGAAGCAGAUCGAGAAAAGAGAUUCCGUGUUAACCUCCAAGCAGCAGAUAGAUCGACUGCUUAGGCCUGGCUCGUCCUAUUUUAACCUAAAUCCCUUCGAGGUACUGCAAGUUGAUCCCGAUGCAACAGAUAUUGACUUAAAGAAAAGAUUCAGAGCGUUAUCCAUUUUGGUCCAUCCAGAUAAAAAUCAGGAUGAUGCAGACAGAGCACAGCAAGCAUUUGAAGCGGUGGACAAGGCGUACAAACUCCUUCAGGAUCCAGACCAGAAGAAAAGGGCUUUAGAUGUCAUUCAGGCAGGAAGGGAAUAUGUGGAGCAUAAUGUGAAAGAGAAAAAGAAACAGCUAAAAAAGGAAGGGAAAUCUCAAAUAGUGGACGAGGAUGACCCUGAAGUCUUUAGGCAAGCCGUGUACAAGCAGACAAUGAAACUGUUUGCAGAGCUUGCCAUCAAGAGAAAGGAAAGAGAAGCUAAGGAUAUGCACGAAAGGAAAAGGGCGAGAGAGGAAGAAAUUGAAGCAGCAGAGAAAGCAAAGCGAGACAGGGAAUGGCAGAAAAACUUUGAGGAAACAAGAGAUGGCCGUGUGGACAGUUGGAGGACGUUCCAGGCUAAAGGCAAGAGCAAGGAGAAGAAAAACAGGUCCUUCCUCAAGCCCCCUAAAGUAAAGAUGGAACAGAGGGAAUAAUGUAAAAAAAAAAAAAAAUGGGACUUGAUUCACUUCAAACCAUACUGUGUACCCUUCCUUGUAUUGUAUCCCCGACAGUUUCAUUUUGAUGUUUUUUCAUUCACAAUUUCUUGGAUCAUGCUGCCUCACGUAAGUAAAUAGUGCAUCUUCCAUAUCUUACAAAACAAGCAAAUGGUUUGUGACUUUUUUUUUUCUACAUAUACAUAAAAUAAAAGUUGGUUUUAAGAUGCCAAUCUCCCUUUUUGUGGCGUCCAUGUUACUACCUGUCCAUAUUGGCAGCUACUCAACCAUGCUGCAUUUAAUGUCCUCUUGCUGCGGUUAUUUUGGCAUUACUGUUUAAAUAAA